UCUCUCUCUCUCUCUCUCACCACUACCCGCUUUCUUCACCUGCAAAUUUUCAUACCCCCAAACAAAGAAACAAACAAACAAUCAUCCCCUCCAAAAAAAAAAAUCAAUCUUUAUCCAAUUGAUUAUUUCAUUUCUUCAAUCUCAAAGAUUUCAAUCCGACACGAACCCUAAAAAAAAAUAAAAAACAAGAACAAGAUUCAAAAAGCGGAGAAUCCGAGAAAAAAUCGGGGCUCCGCCAUGGAAGAUGAAUAGAAUAUUCUCGAGGCCGGCAUCCCACCUCCGCCACUUCCGGCGAACCCUAACCCACCACCACCACGACCCCACCUCCUCCGCCUCCGCCGCCGCAUCCGCAUCAUCAGACGAGCCGAAUUCCCUAAGCAUACUAUGGCACUACCAAAUCCUCGACCCGAACAGCGACAUCGUGAACCAUUGGAACCACGUGUUCCUAAUCGCGUGCUUGAUAUCGCUAUUCAUCGACCCGCUCUACUUCUACCUCCCUUACGUCGUCGACGGACAAGCAUGCAUGUCGACCGACACCCAUGCAUCCGUCCUCAUUACGUAUUCUCGUACAAUUACCGAUGUUUUCUACCUUCUACAUAUGUUGAUGAAGUUUCGCAUGGCGUUUGUCGCUCCUAGUUCUAGGGUUUUCGGUCGCGGUGAACUCGUUAUGGACCCUCACGAAAUUACCAUGCGAUACCUUAAAUCCGAUUUCAUUAUCGAUCUUACCGCCACCCUUCCCUUGCCUCAGAUUGUGAUUUGGUAUGUAAUUCCGGCGACGAAAACGAAAGGAUCCGGUCAUUCGAACAACACUCUGGCUCUUAUUGUCCUAAUCCAAUACAUCCCACGAUUGUUCGUUAUUUUCCCGUUAAAUAACCGGAUAAUAAAAACCACCGGUUUUAUAGCCAAGACAGCUUGGGCUGGAGCUGCGUAUAAUCUACUUCUCUUCAUGCUCGCCAGCCACGUAUUAGGAGCUUCGUGGUAUCUGGCAUCUAUAGGAAGACAACAUUCGUGCUGGCAAGAAAGGUGCAAUGACGAAUACGACAAAAUCCCACCAUGUAGAUUUGAGUUUCUCGACUGUACGAAUGCGGAAGCUUCGAGUCUUGAGCGGCAGUACUGGCUGAAUAUGACUAGUGUGCUCUCCCGAUGCGACGCGAAAAACGAUGAUUCCGAUUUCAAGUUUGGAAUGUUUGCCGAUGCUUUCACGAGCGAAGUUGCUUCCGCCAGUUUCCUCGAGAAGUAUCUCUACUGCCUUUGGUGGGGCUUGAGAAAUCUGAGUUCAUAUGGACAGAAUUUGGAAACAAGCACUUAUAUUGGUGAGACAUCUUUCUGCAUUGUUCUCUGUAUUUUCGGUCUGAUUCUAUUCGCGCAGCUCAUCGGCAAUAUGCAGACUUACUUGCAAUCGAUGACGGUGAGACUGGAGGAGUGGAGGAUAAGGAGAAGAGACACGGAGGAAUGGAUGAGGCAUAGGCAGUUGCCUCCCGAUUUGCAAGAACGUGUUCGUCGUUUCGAACAGUAUAAAUGGUUGACCACUCGUGGGGUCAACGAAGAAUCUAUUCUGUGGUCCCUACCUCAGGAUCUCCGUCGCGAAAUUCAGAGACAUCUUUGUCUUAAACUCGUCCGCCGUGUACGUCAUUUUAUUUUAUUUUUUUGGGGAAUUUUGUUUCGUUUCUUGUUGACUCUGUUUGGAUCGAGAGAAAAUGCUGGAUGGAGUAGAUUUCGUGUUUUGCAGGUGCCGUUUUUCGCGCAGAUGGACGACCAACUCCUGGACGCAAUAUGCGAGCGUCUCGUUUCGUCAUUAAGUACACCUGGCAGCUACAUUGUGAGAGAGGGCGAUCCGGUAAACGAGAUGAUCUUCAUAAUCCGAGGCCAAAUGGAGAGCUCCACCACAAACGGCGGCCGCUCCGGUUUCUUCAACUCCAUAACACUAAGACCCGGCGAUUUCUGCGGUGAGGAAUUACUCACGUGGGCACUAGUCCCCAACUCGUCGCUAAACCUCCCCUCCUCGACUCGAACGGUCAAAACAUUGACCGAAGUCGAAGCGUUCGCACUCCGAGCAGAGGACCUUAAAUUCGUCGCCAUGCAAUUCAAACGCCUCCACAGCAUGAAACUGCAGCACGCGUUUCGGUACUACUCGCAUCAAUGGCGAACUUGGGGCGCUUGCUUUUUGCAGGCGGCGUGGAGAAGGUACAAGAAGAAGAAGCUUGCCAAGGAAUUGGCCUUGCGCGAGAAUUUGUACUUUUACGAAGGCGAAGAAGAAGAAGAUGGCGGCAACGGUGAUUCGGACGGUGAUAAUGCUGACAGCCAUGCGCAGCAUCUCGGAGCGACGAUCUUAGCAUCGAAAUUUGCUGCGAAUACGAGAAGAGGAGCUGUGCAGAAGAUUCCGAUCCCCGAUACUUCUUCUUCGAGUUUGAAGAUGCCGAAAUUCUUUAAACCCGACGAACCUGAUUUCUCUGAAGAAGUUUAACUCUAGGUAUGUUUCUUAAUGUAAUU